GGGCUGAGCGUUCUCGUUGGUGCGCUUGCUCGAGUCGUCAUCCUCUGCAUUACUCGAGCUGCAGCAGCUGAACACACAUACACUCGCACGUACAUUUACGCUCACACAAAGACAAGCCCUCUAAUAAGCGCUUUCCUGCAGCUCCGCUACUUGGCAGCUCUCGUGGAUCUUCUGGAUUGUCGUUUUUUUUUCUCCACGCGGUGGCUAUUUGCAGCAGAUACUCUGGAUUUCACGCAAUUGGUCACGCCGUGCAGUGAUGAUGCACUGAGAGGAGAGGCGCAGGAUCGUGGGCUGCGAUUACCCCCCGAAGGCUGCAGUGCAGGUUGAGAUCUGAGAGUGGCGCAAGCAAGGUGAACUCAGUCGUCCCUAUCCCUCGACCCUCUGUCGUGGGGGAUCGGUGGAGGAAUCCCAACCAGAUCCGUUCAAUAAAUUAUGGCCACUCUACUGCGGAAAAUCGGCCUGAUCCGCCUGCACGACCGAGACACGGAGGACCCCAAACACCACCAGGGCUCUUUAAAGGGCACCAAAGGCACCCCGAAAAACAACAAACAUUGUCAGACGGCCAACGACGCCAACAUCCUCAGCACCCCGGAGAUCAAGGCGAGGAAGCUGGACCAGCACGGCAAGGACAAGGAAAAGCCAGGCAAGGAUGCCAAGGAGAAACAGCAGCAGCAACAACAACAGCAGCAGCAAACGGGCGGAAGUGGGAAUAAAAGCACGGCAGCCUCCUCCGUCCCUCCCCUCGCACCUCACCGGCAUCAUUGCACCCAAGUGCGGACGCGCAGGCUGAUGAAGGAGCUGCAGGAGAUCCGCAGGUUAGGGGAUAGCUUCAUCACGGUGGAGCUGGUGGAGGAGAACCUGUUUGACUGGAACGUCAAGCUGCACCAAGUGGACAAGGAUUCCGCGCUGUGGCAGGACAUGAAGGAGACGAGCACCGAGUUCAUCCUCCUCAACGUCACCUUCCCCGACAACUUUCCUUUCUCGCCGCCCUUCAUGCGGGUGCUGACGCCCCGCUUGGAGAACGGCUACGUGUUGGACGGCGGUGCCAUUUGCAUGGAGCUGCUGACCCCCCGCGGGUGGUCCAGCGCCUACACGGUGGAGGCCGUCAUGAGGCAGUUUGCCGCCAGCCUCGUCAAAGGACAGGGGCGUAUAUGUCGGAAAGCGGGCAAGUCCAAGAAGGCCUUCAGCCGUAAAGAAGCCGAGGCCACCUUCAAGUCGUUGGUGAAGACCCACGAGAAGUACGGCUGGGUGUCCCCGCCCGUGUCGGACGGCUGAGCGCCGACCCCUGACCUCCAACAUGCAAAAUGACACCACGCUAACUCAACAAUCUGUCACACUCACCUUUUGCUGUAGCUUUUAUUUAUUUUAGAUUGCGUGUGUGUGUGUGUGUCACAUGGGGGACUUUGUAUUCGAUAUGCAGACAAGCGAUCACUUUAACAUCAUCAUCAUCACCAUCACUUUUCCAGGAAGUGAUUUGCCCUCACCCUUGCCCAGGGAAAUUCUUUCCCCAUUUUGGGAAAGGCCUGAGAAGGUGUGUGUGUGUGUGUGUGUGUGUGUGUGUGCAUUUGGGAAUGCAUUUCCUGCUUUUCCUCCAUCUCUGUAUUUAUUUUUAUUUCUUCUCGUGCACAUGCAGUUGGACCCUGUGUGGACCUUUGCAGCCGAAUGAAGCAGACUCAACCCCCGUGUGGCGCUCCCUUGCCCUCCCCACGCCUGAGCCCUUCCUUCCCUCUUCCUUUCGGCAUUACUCUCGGUCGUCUGCCUAUGGCUGCGGGCUCAUUUGCAUAUAAAUGAAGCCGUUGGUGUUUAAUAGACGGGCAGCGCGCCGACUUCUCCACUCGUUCGCUUAUUCCCUUUUUCUCGCCCCCCCCCUUGUCGGCUGUGCGGUUGCCCACACUUGGAUGCAACAACAUGAAGAUUGUAAUGUACAUGGAGUUGUGCUCUCUCUCUCUCACAUCCCUCCAAGCCCGCUCGCCCACUUUCUUUUUGUCUCGUGGCUAAAUUUAGCGCUCACUGUUGCAUCGAUGAAUAUUGAUUUCUAAUGGAAGGAAAAAAAAAAAGUCAUAUGUUGCAUUAUGCAGAGACUUUGGACAAUGCAUAGAAUGAUCGUCACUCAUUUCGCUGUGCGUGUUGGUGAAGAAGACUGCCCCCCUCAUGAUUUCGAUGAAGGUCUGACUUCAUUUUUUUUGUGUGGCGCGGACAACUCUGAACUGUGAAUGACACGAAGGCCUCAAGAGUUAACUGUUUGUAAGCGAAUUUGUGUGUGUGUUUGGUGUGAAACCAACCAAAGUCCAGCAGGAAAUCCGCGGUGCGAUGAACACACCCGUGCGCGCACCCGCUGUACCCGCACGGCUUGAUAUGCAGCCUCGGAUUCGCCAUUUCGAUGAAUGUACGCUCCCGAGCACCUCACGACUGCCCAGAGAGACAUCCGGGGAUAUUUGGGAGAGGGCAAGCCGAGAGAACGGGGCGCAUGGCGGGGGUCGCUUCUCGGAAAUGUCAGUGAGUCGACUGUGAGAUGGUCAAAAGCUGCAUCUGACUUAGCCCAAUAGCAGAAUUGCCUUUGAGCUGUUGUAAGGAAAUCUUCAGGAAUGGCGUGACGAAAAAUCGAUUUCUUACCAAAACUGCUAAAGUGAUCCUGCCUUGUUUGUUUCGUGUAUUUUGCAAGAGCCGUCUUUGUGGAGCAUCUGACGGUUCCUUUCCAAAAAGAGCUAGCAUCACAGUGCCGCGGCAACGUUCUUCACCACCCCUGAUUUUAAGCACAAUGGUGUUUUGUUUUUUUUAAUAUAUAUACACUAUAUGUAAAUAUUGUGACCGUUCCAAAAAAAAAAAAAUCACUCGGGCACUUAUGCUAUUGGGCGCAGGAUAUGCUCGUCAUGCAGUUAUGUAAGAAUGUUCCUCCUAAAUGUAGAAUCAAACCAGAAUGUGCGUCCCGAUACGGUGUGUUGUCAUGCCGCUCGCGCGUCUGCAACUUGUCCUUCCUGUCAGCUCGGCUUCCACUUCUGCCAUGUGCCAGUUAAAUGUCAGAGACAAAUCUGCUAAUUGGGCUGACAUUUCUGCCAAGCGUCAUACGAUCGAGACGGGCGCUUGAGUGCGAAAGGAUGGAGGAUGUCAAACCUCCCGCUUGGCUCCCUCCUCCGCCCACUGGCAUUUUGGUACGUGAUGUGUAGCCCCGUGGCGUUUGUUUUAGUUGAAGGUACGUGUGUGUGUGUGUGUGUGUGUGUGGCGGGGUGUGGGGGUGCAGAAAUACUGUAAAUUGACUUCAUAUUCUACCACAAAAUAUCUCUUAGCUGAGUGUUUGCUGGUUUCAAGUCAAUCAUGUUGGUGAUCUCUAGAUUUAGACUGGUAGUGAGCAGACACUAACCGAGCUGGUUCUGUUGUAUUAUAUUUGCAUGUCAAUUGUGAUUGGUAGCUACUUACUGUAUAUUUUUUCUUUUUCAAGAAAAGUCAGGAAAAACUGGAGAUGAACGAAAAAAAAAAGCAAAAUGCUUCUCGUUCUUUUUUCGCUUUUUUUUUUUGGGAAGGAGCUUCUGUACUGUGUGCGUGCGGGUGUGCGUGCGUGCGCACGCGCUUCUCUUUUGAUGCGUCCUCAAAUGUCAUAUUGUCUUCUAUGAAUGUUUGUUUUAAUUUAUUUGAGAUUUGCCAAAAAUGAAGAUUUGAAGCAUGAUGCAGGUAUUGCCACAAGAAAAUGAAGGGAAGG